UGGAAACAGACUCCACUUCAACAUCUAUCAGUUUAUAACUCUCUUUAUAUCUGGUUUCUAAUCAUCUUUCCCCAGCUUCCUGCAACUUGACUACUCUUUUAAAAAAAAAUCAGAAAGUUCUAAGAUGUCAUUUGGAGGUAGCAGUUCAGCUGCGAAAAACACAAGAACCUGCAAGAGAUCGAAAACUGUGAAGCGACAUGCCAGCAUGUGUUUCUUGUGGGGUCGGGCUAUUUUUAGCAACUCAGAUGAAGAUAAUGGGGAUGAGAAGGUCGACAGCAAUGAUCCGGAACAGAUCUUCCAGAACAUACAAUUUCAGAAAGAAAUUAUGGCCAACAUUUGUUGCCGGCCAUGGCCCAUGAGGCAAAAACUCCGAGCAUUGAGACAAGCUAAAGAGAUUGUAUUGAAGUACGAAGGUCGGCUGACUCGGACAAGAGGCUAUCAAGCUGCUGGAGCAGAGCUAUGGAGAAAAUUUAUUAGGCUUGCAUAUAACUUCAUGGUCAUCUUUAUUCCUUGGGAAAUGAGAAUCAAGAAAAUUGAAAGUCACUUUGGCUCAGGGGUUGCCUCUUACUUUAUCUUUUUGCGAUGGCUGUUUGGCAUCAACAUUGUUCUCACCAUAAUGACAGGAGCCUUUGUGGUUUUGCCAGAAAUCUUGGCUGGAGAUGCUUUUGGAAGUACUCCCAACAAGCAGAUCCCCAGUGAUCAACUUCAUUCUGCACAGGAUCUGGAUACCAUCUGGUCUUUGGGGGGUUACCUUCAGUAUUCCGUUUUGUUCUAUGGAUACUAUGGACAGACAAGGAAAAUUGGGAGUGCUGGUUACCGGCUGCCCCUUGCCUACUUCCUUGUCGGAAUGGCGGUGUUUGCCUACAGUUUUAUCAUUCUGUUGAAAAAAAUGGCCAAAAAUUCCAGAAUGAGCCUUGCUAGUGCUUCUGAUGAAAACUACACCUUUUGCUGGCGAGUGUUUUGUGCUUGGGACUAUUUAAUUGGCAACCCUGAGGCUGCAGAGAGCAAAUCCGCUGCCAUAGUGAACAGCAUCAGGGAAGCUAUAUUGGAAGAGCAGGAAAAGAAAAAGAGCACAAAUCUAGCGGUGACAAUAAGCUUAAGAAUCAUUGCAAAUAUCUUGGUCCUUCUCUCACUGGCUGGAAGUAUUUACAUCAUUUAUUUUGUCGUGGAUCGAUCCCAGAAGUUGGAAAGGAUGAAGAAAGAGCUGACCUUGUGGGAAAAAAAUGAAGUGAGCGUAGUUGUUUCCCUGAUUACCAUGCUUGCACCAUCUGCCUUUGAACUGAUAGCUGCCCUGGAGAUGUAUCAUCCCAGAACUACUCUCCGCUUCCAGCUCGCCAGAGUGUUGGUCUUAUAUUUGGGAAAUCUCUACAGCUUGAUCAUUGCACUUCUGGAUAAAGUGGAUAGCAUGAGCAUUGUUGAGGCUGAGGUUCAUAAAAAUGGAAGCAACGCCGUGGGUACCACCACCUUCUUAGCAGCAAAAACCCUCCUAGAGCACAGCUUUUCAACCCCAAUUCCAAAUGUGCAAAUGAUUAAGAAUGGCACUUUCUUUCUAUCUGAGAAUCACACCCAAAGCUACGCUCACCUGGUUGAACUCAACAGUACAGCACCUUACGACGCCAACAGCGAAAGUCACCAACACCAAUGCUGGGAGACCUAUGUUGGUCAAGAGAUGUUGAAAUUGUCCAUUAUCGAUAUGCUGUUCACUGUGGCUAGCAUCCUCCUGAUUGAUUUUUUCCGUGGUCUUUUUGUCCGGUACUUAAGUGACUGCUGGUGCUGGGAUCUGGAAAGCAAUUUUCCAGAAUAUGGGGAAUUUAAAAUAGCAGAAAAUGUCCUGCAUUUGGUCUACAAUCAAGGGAUGAUCUGGAUGGGAGCCUUCUUUUCUCCUUGCCUUCCUGCAUUCAACGUCCUAAAGCUGAUUGGGCUGAUGUACCUCAGAAGCUGGGCAGUCUUGACCUGCAAUGUCCCUCAUCAGCAAGUCUUCCGAGCUUCAAGAUCUAACAACUUCUACUUAGCUAUGCUGCUAUUUAUGCUCUUUCUGUGUAUGCUCCCAACUAUUUUUGCAAUUGCUCGCUACAAGCCAUCUCUAAACUGUGGCCCAUUUAGCGGGCAAGAAAAAAUCUAUGACAUUGUGUCCGAAACUAUUCGAAACGACUUUCCUCCUUGGUUUAACUCUGUGAUGGCUUAUAUGAGUAGUCCCGUGGUGGUCCUUCCAGCUCUAUUAUUACUCUUCAUGCUAAUAUAUUACCUGCAGAGCAUUGCGAGGUCAUUAAAAUUCACCAACAACCAACUAAGGAUGCAGAUCCAAACAGAAAGAACUGAAGACAAGAAAAAAGUGGUCAAAAUGGCAGCAGGUGAGCAAAAACUUCCUAAGGUGCUUGGCAUUAUUGGACUGUAUGUUCGGUCAUCUUUUUCACAAAAUGCAAUAAUAAUUGAAAGCAAAAGCUCUAGAAUCCAAAACGUAGAAGGAAAUGGCAAGAGGCCUGAACAGGAGACUGACGUCAUCAGUCAGGAGUCUUCAGCUCGCUCCUCAACCCCUAGGAAAAAUGGCAGUGUAGUGAACUUUGAGUCUCCCAAACCCAGCCAAAUACAGACAAUAUCUCAAUCAGUUCCACCCCCUGAGAUUCUGAAAGCAGUGGGCCCAUCCCCAGCAAAAGAUAAUCCAGGUGUUCCAACACCUGUAGCACCGAUACCUGUCACUCCAACACCUCCUAUUCCAGAGAUGGUGAAGCCUAGAACAGAACCUUCAAUCAACAGAUACCCCAACCCCAUCCAUGGGAGUGCUAGUGAACUCUGCAAAGCCAAAGUCUAUACUCCUGUAAAGGUGAAGAAGCGCAUGGAAGAUGCUCAUUCAGAACCCUUGUUCAGGAAAUGCCCCCCACAAAUGAAGCCGGAGUCUCAUGGGGCCCCCGGGGGUCCCCCUUUUGUGGGCCGCAGAGCUCACACGGCCAAGUACUACAUUGUCAACGAGCAUCAGCCCCGCAAAAAAAUCCUCCGUGCCACAACCCGGCUGCCAAGGAAUGUCCGGAUGGAUGAGGCAGGGGACUUUGUGGAGUUGUAUCCACGUCACAUCCGAAGGUAUGUGGUUCGAACACCCCGCAGGGCCUACUCCCCUCAUUACACUGAGGAGGAAGAGGAAGAAGAAGGGUACAGAAGAGGCGUCACUAAGCAGACUCAUCACCGCCCGCGGUCCCUGUCGGAUCUCCGAGCCCUCCCCCGCCUCUACAUUGGGGAGUGGACCGACAACCAGGUUCUGCCAAGCAGGUCCCUAGCAAAAAUGCACUACAAGUCUUGGGAAGAUGGUUUCGGUUUGACUUACGGUAGAGGCCCGCACCCCCACCGAAAGAUACACUUGAAGAAUAUUGAAUUUGAGCAGCAAUAUCCGGAACACCCUGGCAAAGCCAAGGCCAAGCCGUCUCCAUCUCCCACGGAGUCUGAUUCCAUCUCUCCUGAAUCGAGCAGUGAUCAGCUCACCAGUGGCAACGAUCAGUACAUCCAAGUCCUCCCCAGCAAAGAGAAAUAUCUGAAAUCAGGAGCGAAAGGAACUCCUCAAAAGACAAAGUCUGGUGUGGAGUUGAACCUGGCUGAAAUGAAUGACCUGAUAUGUUCCAAUGUCUAAAAUAAUACUGAAGGAAAAGUCUUCAUCAGGGUUCAAUCAAAGCCGGGAAUAAACAACAUGGUGACU